GCUACAUCGCUCCAGAGCGCAGUGGAGAAAUUAGGGUCUGCCUUCCUGUGAUUGCACAGCAACCCUGUGCCUCCACACCCAAUGCAGCUCAGGUUUGUCAGCACAGGGAGAGCCUCACAGGCAGCUCUCCAUCCUUCCUGGUCCCUCCUGCAGAGGAACUCAUGGUUCCCUUCUGCUGCUGGAAACACUGCUGGAAAAUGGAAUCUCAGAACCACAGGGGUUGGGAGGGACCUCAGGAGAUCACUGAGCCCAACCUUUUCUAAAGCAGUUCCCUGUAAUGGUCUCAGAGGUGGAUGUCCUCACAGGAGACUCCACCACCUCUCUGUGCAGCCUGUGCCACUCCUCUGUCACCCCAAUGGAAAGCAGUUCUUCUGCAUCUUAGCACAGAACUUCCUAUGUUCCAGUUUGUUGCUCCUUGUCCUCUGGCUGCUCGGCACCGAGAGGAGCCUGGCCUCAUCCGUGUGCCUCCACCUCCCUUUAGAGGUUUGUGAACAUUGAUCAGAUCCCCUCUCAGCCCUCUUUUCCUCAGGCUGAACAGCCCCAGGUCUCUUAGCCUUUCGUGUGGACAGGGUCAGCACAGCUCCACAGAGCAGUCAGCAAAACCCUUGGGUCAGGGUGACGGAAAUCAGAUGUAUGGAAGAAAGUCAGGAAUCCCAGGCCAGCAGAGAACCUGACAGCUCCAUUUGGUUGUGGCUCUACAAACACAGCGUGGUGAGCCUCCUUCAGCUGGAACCUGGGGUAUUCUGGUACUGGUUAUUGCUAAGCAAAGCACUCCAAAAAGGCAGAGGAAGAGACAGGAUGGAAAAAAGAGUAAUAAUAAUCCCUUCUAGCUGGUGCAAAGUGAUGGCACAUCCCUGGCAGCUGGCAGAGAGCAGGCCUUGUGGCCAUAGCAUCUGGAGAAGGAUGUGGCGUUGUGCAGGAAGCAGGGAAGGGAGCAGGAGUGCAAAUGGGAAGAAAAGAGAUGUGCUGGGUGUUUGAGACAGCGGGUUUGAUGGGCAGGAGGACCCAGGAUGUGUGAGUUAGUCUGGAUGCAAACUGGCCACGGUUUUCUUGGUGUGACUCCUGCAGUCAGAUCGCCAGCACCAAACAGCAUCUUCCUGGACGGUGAAAUCCCACUGUCUGCAAAGUAUCGGCAUGGGAAGCCUUUGGUCACUGCAGAGAUAGGACCACAGCCAUCCGAGCAGUUAAACCCAUACUCUGUAGUCAUUUUUUUACCCUCUCCACCUCUUUCUGCUGCUCUUUUCUGCCUGCAGACCAACGCAGCUGCCCCAUGGCCAGGGGGAACCAGACUCAGGUGACAGAGAUCCUUCUGCUGAGCUUUUCCCAUGGCCGGCCUUUCCUCUUCCUCCUUUUCCUGGCCACAUACCUGGUCACGCUGCUGGGGAACUCUGCAAUACUCGCCCUCGUGCUCCUGGACCCCCAUCUCCACAACCCCAUGUAUUUCUUCCUCAGCCACCUCUCCUGGCUGGACAUCUGCUACUCCACAGCAACGGUGCCCAAGGUCCUGGCCAACAGCCUUCACCCGCGGGCCGCCAUCUCCUACCGCGGCUGCCUGGCUCAGACCUUCUUCCUGAUGAGCUGCGCGGGUGCCGAGUGCGCAUUGCUGGCAGUCAUGGCUUACGACCGCUACGCAGCCAUAGUGCACCCCCUGCACUACGCGCACACCAUGCCGAGGGCUGCGUGCCGGGCCAUGGCUGCGGGCUGCUGGCUGUGGGGAGCGCUGGACUCGGUGGUGCACACACUGCUGGCCUCCCGGCUGUCCUUCUGCAGAGCCGUUCACCUGCAGCACCUCUUCUGCGACGUCCCCCCGCUGCUCAGGGCUGCCUGCAGCAACACGCGGCCCAGCGAGGCGGCUCUGCACACCGCCAGUGUCUUCGUGGGCUUCGGCCCCUUCCUGCUGGUGCUCGGCUCCUACCUGCGCAUCCUGGUGGCCAUGCUGGCCGUGCCCACAGCCGCUGGCCGACACAAGGCUUUCUCCACCUGCUCUGCCCACCUGCUGGUGGUCACGCUCUACUUCGUGACGGCCAACCUCAACUACAACCGGCUCGGCACCGACGGCUCGCCGCUGGCCGGCGCCGUGGUGUCGGCGUUGUUCUGCAUCGUCACCCCUGCGCUGAACCCCCUCAUCUACAGCCUCCGCAACCAGGAGGUGCAGGCUGCCCUCAGGAGGGUCCUGCGCUGGCGGUGUGGCUCCCAGGGCUGUGGGACUGAUGUGGGGCUGCGUCCACAGGGAGGGGGAAUCGCGGGGCCGUAGAAUGGCUGAGGUUGGAGGAGACCUUAAAGACUCUCCGCUUCCACCCCUGCUGUGGGCUGGGUGCCCCCCACCAGCUCGGGCUGCCCAGUGGCCCCAUGCACAGCCUCGGGCACCUCCAGGGUGUAAAAGGGAGGAAUUCCAGCAGACUGAGUUUUCUGGUUUAUUCAGUCAAAGUUGGGUCACCACCGCAGUGAAUGUCAACCUCCCUGUGCUUUGUGAUCACUUACACAGCAUUACUCUGCUGAUUGUGUAGAGGCUGUGAUGCCCCAUCCCUGCAGGCAUUCGAGGCCAGGCUGGAUGUGACUCUGGGCAGCCUGGGCUGCUGGAUGGCGACCUGCACACAGCAGGGGGUUGGAACUGGAUGAGCACUGUGGUCCUUUUCAAGCCAGGCCAUUCUAUGGUUCUGUGAUUCCAUGACUUUACAAAAGUUUCCAUAGAGUCCUUCAAGUCCUCUACCGAGUCCCAGACAAAUGACUUCAUCAGCACAAUCUGCUUUCUUAGUCUCACUUCUCAGUUCAGUUUUGGAAGUUUAUCUCCAGGUCAUCAUGUCUCGCACUCUGCUUCUUAUGGUUCCAUUCUCCAAAAAACACGGGUUGUUCCAUUAAAGGACUUCACAACAGACUUCAUAAUAAGCAUUUUCUAAACUAAAAAUCUCCAUGUCUACUUAUGCAAGCACACCUGUAAAAGCUAAUCCUUCAUCCUUUCUCUAUCUUCCUACCAGUUAUCUGUGCUCGUGGCACACUGUCAUCACAUCACACGUCUGACCCUUUGCACAUCACCAGUGAGAGAAUGGCAGAAUCAAGCUGGGAUCCAGGCCACAGAUCCUGGGUUGUGUCCAGGUAGACGUGUUAGGAUAAAUCUAUAGGAUAUGAAGUCACUAUUCAUACUGCCACAGAAUGGUUUGUGUUGGAAGGCACCAGAGGAGAGCCACGAAGAUGAUCAGAGGGCUGGAGCACCUCUCCUAUGGGGACAGGCCCAGAGGACUGGGGAUAUUCAGCCUGAGAAGAGAAGGCACUGGGGGGAUCUUAUAGCACCCUGCCAGGACCUGAAGGAUCCUACAGGAAAGCUGGGGAGGGACAGGAUGAGGGGAAAUGGCUUUAAACUGGAAGAGGGGAGAUUUAGUGUAGAUCUUAGGAAGAAAUUCUUAACUGUGAGGGCAAGUGAGACACUGACACAGGUUGCCCAGAGAGGCUGUGGAUGCCCCAGGGCCAUUCAAGGCCAGGCUGGAUGGGCUGUGAGCAACCUGGGCUGGUGGGAGGCAUCCCUGCCUACAGCAGCAGGUUGGAAGGAGGCCGUCUGACAGAUCCCUUCCAACCCGAACCUAUCUGAUUCUGCGACUGCAUGCUGAGCUCAGCACAGGACCCUCUGCAGUAGCACUGUUACCAGAGGAUGCUGUAAUCAGCAAUUUCCUGUAGCAGACCUGGGCUGCACUCAGCAGGGCUGGGAGCAUUGCCUGAGGCUGACCAGAGCACCGAGCCACGGACAUGGCACCAGCACAGAGCACAGAACUCAGCCCCUGCAGAAGUUCCACUGGCGCAGCUCACUCCUACACGGCCUUUGGCACCACUGGGUUUCUGCAGGCUGCCACCAAAGCUCUGCACUUUGCUUUGCAGCAGUAAAUCCCAACUCGGUGGAGCGGUGGUGUGGCUGUGGGUGGUGGGAGAUGUCGGCUUUCAGGUGCCAGCCUGCUGCUGGAGGUUGGGACUGCACUGGGAUGAGCUCCCACAGCUCCUUGCAGGAGCUUGGGUCCCAGGGGUGGUGCUGGCACUGGCUUGCACACUACUUGCACACCAACAACCAUUUCCUGCAGCAGCAUUGAGCACCCAGCCCAGAGCACGCUGCUUUAGGGGAGGGCAUGGUUUGCAUUGGAUUGUCGCUCAGUGUUGCUUUAAAGCAUUGCAAAUCUUAAAAUGUCUGAUCCCGCUGCCAA